CUAAAAGGCAGUGAAUUGUUGUUUGCGUUCAGAGAUUGAAAUCAUUUUCAACCAAACGUUACGUUUAGAGCGAAAGCCAAUCGACGGUUACAAUCGUUUGGCCUCUCUUUCAGUUGAUCUCACAAUCGCUUUGAUUGACCACUCAUUUGGCCAUCAAAUCACUCGCUCAACACAUUUGUUAUAAAGAGUUGUUUCGAUUGAUAUAUCAAUCGAUCCGUUGUUUACGUUAUAAACGAAGUAACAAUCAAACGAUCGCAUCAAUGGCUCAAUCAGACGAAUUUAUGGAGAAAUUUGACCAAAUGAUGGCCAAUAUCUUCGCCGACGACAAGAAGACCAUGACUCAGGAGGAAUACAUGUCGUUCUAUAGCCUGAUUCACGACAAGUGCACAAAUAUGAGGAGUGAUAGCAACGGUCACCGCUCGAGUCAGAACCACAACUCCAACAUCAAGGAAGUGGUCUAUAAAAAGAUCCACAACUUCUUCAAAAGUCACAUCGAGAAGAAGCGACAGCGUUGCAAUGAAUACCCUGACGAAGAGUCACUGUUGGACUUCUAUACCCAACAGUGGGAGGACUACAAGUUCUCGAGCAAAGUGUUGGACGGCGUUUGCAAUUAUAUCAACCGCUUCUACUGUUCCUCUAAUAACGACAAAAAUAUACCGACCAUUAAUGUGUUGGCCAAAUUGGAGUGGAAGGACAGUCUUCUGCAUGAUUUCGGUCGAAAGGUAUGCAAAUCAGUGCUCAAACUGAUCGAAAAGGACAGGAAUGGCGAGAACAUCAACACACGACUCGUUAGCGGUGUUGUCGACUGUUUCGUGCUCAAACUGAUCGAAAAGGACAGGAAUGGCGAGAACAUCAACACACGACUCGUUAGCGGUGUUGUCGACUGUUUCGUCGAGUUAUCACAGAUCGGUCGCGACAGCGAUGAGGACACCAACAAAGUGUUCGAAGAGUCCUUUCAGAAGCCAUUCAUUGAACAAACGCUAGAGUUCUACACCAAUGAAAGCAAUGCCUUUUUAGAGCAAAACUGUUUCACUGAUUACAUGUAUCGGUGUUCCGCACGGCUGGAAGAGGAGCGCAAUCGUGUCAAACGAUAUCUCAGCGAAAAACUCUUACAGCCAACCAUUGAGACCGUGGAGAACGCGUUGAUCGUCAAGAAAAUUGACAAAUUUAUCGAAGAAUUCCAGAAACUGUUGGUCGGAGACAAUGUCGACAAGUUGGCAGUGCUAUACAAACUGGUGAUUCGCGUCGGUUCAGCCAUUGAACAGUUGUGUCUAUUUUUCAAAGAGCACAUCACCAAAGAUGGCAACGACGCCAUCGAGAAUAUCAUUGACAGAGCGCCCGACGAUCCCAUUCUCUUUGUGGACACCGUUUGGAAAGUCUACGAUAAAUACCGGACACUAUUGGAUAAAGCACUUCAAUCGGACGGAGCCUUCUAUAAGUCAUUGGAUUCCGCGUUAAUGGAUUUCGUGAACAAAAACAAAGUAACGGAAACCUCUCCCAUAGCGUCGAAGAAAACACCCGAACUGUUAGCCAAAUAUUGCGAUAUGUUAUUGAAAAACAAAGUGAAACAAAUGGAUCCGACAGAACUGGAGGAGAAACUAUCUCAA